AUGCUCCUAACUCUCACAAACACAUCAUCAGCUUACACCACAACACCUCAAAAGAAGAAAUGGCCGGGCUAGUUGAAUACGCCAGCAGCGAUGAAGAGGAGGAGAUUGAGAAGACAGCGUCCGUCGAGGCACCACCAAAGGCAACGGUCGCGGAUCCUGCAGCAGACAAGGUCACGAGCGCAAAUUCAGCCGCGACAGGUGGCUCGGGUAUGUAUAGAACGUCUCGGCUUUGAAUUUAAAAAAGAAAAAAAGAACCAUGGCUGCCUAUGAUGCUUACCUGCAGAAUAGCAGCAGGAAAGGAAGACCCUGUGGUCAUCGGUCCAGUACAGCAAAAUGCCGUGCCCCUGGGGCCAUCACUUCCGCCGGUGGGCGAGCCCUUGAUCAAUGAGGAAGAUCCCUCAGGGCAGACUCCUUCAUCACCAUAUUCUGCCAAUCGAGCACUGCUGCGUGACCUCACGCUUCCCUCAGUGCCCAACAUGGACAUCCCCCCGUCACCACCCGGGUCACCACAGCCAGGCGCCAACAAGAAGUUCGACCAGUUUCUAGAACUGAAGAAGAAAGGCGUGCAUUUUAACGCAAAGUUGGAGCAGUCCUCGGCGCUGAAGAACCCUAGUUUGAUGGACAAGCUCAUGACAUUCGUGGAGAUUGAUGAAGGAAAUCAGUAUUCCACGACCUUGCCGACCGAUCUCUGGGAUCCAAACGGUUUUCCAGAGUGGGCUUUCAAGGAUAAGCUCCGCAGAAGUGUGGAAAAGUUCGCGAAGGAGAAGGAAGCCGAAAAAGCAAGCGGUGGGAGAACCGCCAUUGACUUCGUCCCAUCUACGACCCCUCUAGGCGGAAGCACGUCUGGGUCUGGAGGAAUAUCUCGAGGCGAGAAGCGCAAGGGCGGAUGGAAAUGAGACUGACCAGCGUAGACUUGCACUCACUGGAUGGAUUCACGGCAGAUGCAUUCGAGCUCAGGAACAAAGGUGGACCAAGAAUGAUACCCAAAAAAUGAGAGAGGACGAUUUCAACAUUCGAUUUCGGUAGCCCCUUAGGCUCGACGUGAUGAUCUGCAUCAAGGUAUCAUUUGAAUCCGAAUGCGCCUGUCGCUUGACCAUCACCUGUCUGAUAUUAUUCCUCGACCUCCGCCCUACCAGCGCGCGAUACACUGCA